UUUAGUUGUUACGGAGAAGGUGUUUAGUCCUUUUCUAGAACCCUAAACCCCGAAUCUCUGUAUCAAGUAUGUCCAUUCACUAUUGAGUAGUGAAUACCGCACAGGUAGCCUUCAUCAGGGUUGCGACUUCGCAUUUCGGGUUUAGUUUAAUCGGGAUGGGUAGUGAAGAAGUUCGAGAGAAAAUUUUCCAGAUUUUUAAAGAUUUCAUGGCAAGUGUCACAAAACUUGAAGAAUUGGGGACUUUUGGAAGCAGACUACUUAGUGACUCUCGGCAAGUUCUUGAACUACUUCGACGGCCUCCAAUAAACAGGACAUCUAAGUUAAUUCAUAAUAUCAUCAAAGCAAAUGAAACAAAGCGGGUUAAAUCAUAUAUUGCGGCUGGCUGUAUCAACAACCAUGACCUGGUACAGAACAUGAGCAAGUUACAUACAUGCCUACUUGGACUACAAGACCAUUUAAGUAAAGCUAAAAGCACGCUAAAUGAACUCGAAUCUCUCAUGGAGGAUGUAGCUGAUGUUAUGAAAACUGCAAAUGGGUGCUUAUCACUUCCUCUUGGUGAAUAUUCUUGCGAUGAAUUCGAUCAAAAAGCAACUACUGGCCAGGAGGAAGACGAAUCACCACCUCUUCAACGAGUUGAAUUGACAGAUUAUGCUACCCUUAUGGCAAUAAUUUACAGUAUGGUGAAGCAAGACCAUGUGAUGCAGGAAAGAAUUGCUACAUCUUUGAGUCUGAAGACAUCAUCAGGAGAAUUGGAGAGUUACUGCCUGAUGUGGUCUCUGCAGCCUUUCAUUGAUGAUGAGAUUAUGCAUCGGGCUUGGAAGCUCAUUCCUUAGGCACGGGAUCUUUGUUAUGUUCAAAUCUUUGUUUAGUUUAAUUUGUAUACUCAAAAUCAUUGAUGCUGUCUACUUUAUUCGUCGAUUUGGAAUUGUCAGUGGUAAUAUACAUAUUUUUUCCUUUUUCUUUUUACAUAUUUGUAGUCGCAGAAAAACUCUCGCUGCUGAACCUUCUCAUAUGUGGAAAAGGCUUUGGAACCUUUGGUUGUACAACAUAUAAUGAGGAACUUAUUUUAAAUACAGAAGGCAAUAUUGCUUGAUGAACGCUAUCAAAGCUUCUUGCUUUUUUGGUACAUGAACUUACAGUCUUGCCUGUUAUUGUUUCCCUGCCUUAAAAGAUUUCAAACGAAACUUGCACUCUUAGCUGACCGAUUCCAGGAGGAAGUGUACUGGUGAUGAAAGGCUUGCUGUGUACAACCACAAGAAUUGGGGAGGGCCAAGGAUUGGAUAGAGAAAAAAUUAGAAUUAUUCGUCAACUUAAGUAAAGGCCACCAUUAU